AUGGCGUCUCAACCCCAAGGCGACUUUUGCCUUGAAUGCAACUGGGAGGCGUUUCACCUCGAUGGGAAGGAAACAGGAGAUUCUUCGGUCAAUCAUUCCCAACAUCAUUGGGAUUGUUCAAGCCAUGAGCAUCACACGGCCCUCCCUCAUUGUGAAGUGGACGAAGCCUGUUGUGAUGUAGAUGACUGCGCGCUAGACUGUGGGUCAAUGUGUGAUGGCUUUGUAGCCUGUGGUCCUUCUACUGUCUGCUCUGUUACCAACUGCGAAGACGACAACUGCGAGGACAACGACUGCGAAGACCAUUGCGAAGAAAAUCAUUGUGACGAUACCCACUGCGAAGAUCUCUGUGCAGCUGAUCAUUGCGAAGAAACCAACUGUGAUCCCACACAUUGUGACAGUAUUGAUCCUCUUUGCUUCGAUAAUCACUGCUGUGACGGAACCGAGAAUCAGGACUGCUCAUUUGACACAUUAUUCGGACUGAACACUCCGCUGUCGCUAGACACAGGGAUGUUCCCCCCAACAACCAUGGGACACCAUGUUAGUCAUGGAGCGAAAGCUCUAGAGCACCCUCUGCCUGGAACCAUCGAUCCAAGUCAACAUCAUAACUUCCUACACUCCUACCAGACACAUGCUACCACCUGCGACCAGAAUGUACCCAACCACUUCGAAUGUGAUGGUUUCCAGAAAGACCUGCAAGGGAUGUUCAUGGCGCCCCCUUUGCCGACGCAGACCGAGGUGAACCCGGCUGAGGUAUUCCAUAUGCUUGGAAUGUGUUCAGACUUUUCGAUAUGCCAGGAUCAACACACUGAUCCUCAGACCGAUGUCUCCCCAGUGCCACCGUUUGAUAAAUCUAAAACCGACCUGACAGACGCAUUUAAUUGUUUCCACCCCGACCACCAUCAUGUCCAUGGUCACUUCAAGAAUCCCAAUGAUCUCAACCUGACCACCUCAAGAGGACCUCACCGAAACCACCAUCGCUGCCGAGCUCACCACCAUGCCCACUCUCACCCAUACUCUCCAUACUCACGGCAAUCCCGUUCGAGUAUCAGCUCUCACCUCUUAUCUAGUCCUGGGGAGACUCCUCCACCCCUCGACGGGGGUGCAUCAUCUGUGUUGACUACUCCAGAUUUCUCCGAGGAGAAUGAUUUGCAUAUUUGCAAAUGGUCAACAUCGAUCCAUGGAAUUCAAGCCGCAUGUGGUGCUACUUUCGCCGAUGCCGGUGCUCUUCAAGAACACCUUGUUGCUAGCCACAUGAACACUGUGCAUGGUGCCAAGGGGAACGGGUACUACUGCUGUUGGGAGGGAUGCCAUCGUCCACAUGAGCCUUUCUCGCAAAAGUCGAAGCUUCAGGGCCACUUCCUCACCCAUAGCAACUACAAGAACUUCUCGUGCUCAGUGUGUGGAAAGGCAUUUGCUCGACAGGCGACAUUAGACCGGCACGAGCGCAGCCACCGUGGUGAUAAGCCAUAUGCUUGCAAGCAUUGUGGUAAAUCAUUCACCGAUAGCAGCGAGUUGAAAACACACUCCCGUACCCAUACUGGAGAGAAGCCGUUUAAAUGCACCUGGCCAGGCUGUAGCUUUACUACUGGUGACUCUUCGAACAUGUCUAGUCACAGACUCACCCACGGAGAACGAAGACACAAAUGUCAAUUCCCCGGAUGCACGAAGAGUUUUACUCGACCUGACCAACUCAAGCGUCACCAGAAGACAACACACAAAAUGGAGUCCUGCUCUACCCUUCCUUCACCGAGCUCCGAUCACUUUACCUUGACACCUUUUACCCUCGCCUAA